AUGUCACUGUCAAAAUUUAUUUCGUUUGUCGUUUAGAAACUUGUUUUUAUAAUUUUUAUCAUUUUGAAGUGUUGUGUUGAUUUGAUUUGUUAAUUUCAUCGUACUGAGUUAGUGUGUUAAUUCUACAAAAUUAUUUUUAUCGCACAUUAUUGAUUUAAAAUGGUUAAAACACUGACACCAGAGGUAAAUCAAGAUGAUAUCGAUGAUUUGAGAAAGUCCUUCCUAAACGAUUAUUCAUCCAAACCGAUUGAUAGUGUCCAUCCGAAGGAUUUGGAAAGAAUUAGAACCAAUGAUUUUUGGUUGAAAAGGUUUCUCCUUCACCAAGAAGGUAACAAAGAAAAUGCCCUUAACAUGAUAUGGACAUCAGUCACUUGGAGGAAAGAGCUAAACGUUAAUGAAAUCAACGAAAAUAAUGUUAAAAUGGACCUUUUAUGUUCCGGAGGAUUUUUCAUACACGGUGCAGAUAUCGACAACUGCAAAUUGUUUGUAUUCAAAUGCAACAAACACACAAAAGGUGCUGUAGAUAUAGAUGUAUUAAAAAGGUGUAUUAUUUAUUGGUUUGAAAGAAUAGAAAGAUUAACUAAAGGUGAAAGAAUUACCAUAUUUUUUGAUAUGGAAGGCUGUGGUCUAAGUAACAUGGACAUGGAAGUGAUAAAAUAUCUUAUAGGUCUUUUUAAAGAAUAUUAUCCAUAUUUUUUGAACUAUAUACUGAUAUUCGAAAUGCCUUGGAUACUAACUGCUGCCUUUAAAGUCGUGAAAAGUUGGCUGCCCGAAAAGGCCGUGGAGAAAAUCAAAUUCGUCUCAAAGAAAGAUUUGAGCAACUUCGUGCCGGCCGAGCACAUUCUGAAAAGCUGGGGCGGCUCCAAUCCGUUUGUAUUCAGUUUCAUACCGGAAAGUUCCCCCGAAACUGAAAAGGAAAAAGUCACCACAAACAACAAAAAAGUUCAUUUCGUCGAUGGCUCCAUGUCAGAAAUAACGGCGACCGGUGGUGGCGAUAAAGAAACUGAUGGAGGUUACCUCAAAUUCAACCCAUCAGGAAUUAUUACGUUCGUUAAAGAUGGUAACGAAUUCAUCAGUAGUUUGGAAAUCCAAAAUACGGACGCGACCGUCAAAGUUUCUUACAAGCUUAAAACCACAGCGCCCGAAAAGUUUCGCGUGAAGCCGAGCACGGGAUGGCUGGCGCCCGGGGAGUCGAUGACCGUCAACGUGACAUUGUUGCCCGAGUACCAGAUCAGCGGUCUAGUCAGAGACAAGUUCCUCGUCAUGAGUACGCCCAUGGAGCCCUCGGAAACGGAACCGUUGGACUUAUCGGAAUUGUGGAAGAACACGAGCGGCAGGAAAGUGUACCAACAUCGUUUGAAGUGCAUACAAACCGGGGAGGCGGUUAAAUACAAGAAUACCAGCGAUAUGAUGAACGCCAAUUCGCCUGAUCAGGACCCGAACGCUUUCGCUAACAUCACUUCGUCGGUAGAUGAAAUUAGACGCGCGCAAAUAGAGGUCGGAAGGGCGUUGAAGCUGACUCAGUACAUUCAAAUCGCAACGUUGUUUUUAGUUUUGUUGCUGGGUUUUGUAAUAGGUUAUCUCCUUCGAAAUAACGCCGGGGAUUCGUCGUUUGAGCAGUCUUAUUGCGGUGAAACGAAUAGUCCUUACUUGGCUGGUAACCACCAAUAACCGAUGGUGUCGGAGCCUCGCGUGGAAAUUCCGUUUGUUUACAGAGCGUUGUAUAAAAUGUUGAUCCGGAUUUUGUAUUUGUUUUGUAUUUUGCGAGACUACGUACUUUGAUGGCUCUGCGCUUUUCGAAGAGAUUCCAUUUGUUAUUUUAUUAAAGUAUUUAUAUCUUUUGCUAGUAACGUCUUUUAUACAAUUUUUUUGUACUUUAUAAAUGAGGUGGUUAAUAAUUUUAAGGCAUUAAUGAAUUACAACCGAAACAAAAAAGUGGUAUUAAAUUUUUAUAUUAACCACCUCUAUAUUUAGAAGAUAUUGGGUGAUGUUUAUUGUAUAUUUACUUACUUUUAUGUUUGUACUUCAUAGUACUUGCAAGUUAAAAUUUUUAUUAUUGUUUAUAUUUCACAAAGUCGUUUAAAAAUUUUUAUGGGUUAAAAUUUGAAUAUAAGACUGCUUUAGGAAAAUGAUUCCUCUAAAAUUUCUUCUGUAAAGUAACAGAUUUGAAAAACCACUACAAAGUAGCACACAUUUCAUCUACUUUAAUUGGAUGCGAAAUUUAUCUAAAGUACUGCAGUUGAAUGUUAAAUUAGUAAGGUACAAAAAAUAUAAAGUUUGAUAAAUUGUUAUAAAACUUAAAAAAAUAGGCCUAAUGUAAUCUAUUAUUUCUAAAAUAAAUUAAUUAUCCUUACAGAUAGUUUAAUAUCUAUCUUCAUUAUCUUCCAUCUUCGAGGAAAAUGUUUGUCGACAUCCAUAAUGUACUGUAAAGGCGUAAUAGUGACAAAAAGCAUUUAAAAAUAUUGAAUUUAAUAUUUAAAUAUACAACAAAUACAAUAUUUAGCAAUUCUUUAAAAGAAUAUUAAUGCAUAUUUUGUUUUUAAAUCUUGUAUAACAAGAAAUAAUGAGACAUCGUUACACUUAAACUUUUUACAUUUCAUCUUAUUUUGGACAUCUCAUUAUUUUUACGGUAACAAAAUUUUUGUUAAAAACGACAAAGCCAGUUAAAAAACCAGAUGUUAAAAUUGCACAAAUAAAAAAAUUAAGGAUAUAAAUCACAAUUUCAUUUUAGAAUUAAAUGUCUUUUUCGAUCAAAUUUCUAAAUUAAAAACGUAUUAAAAAUAUACCUAAAAAACCUAUACAGAGUAUUCUAAAAUGGUGUUUUUAGCAUAAGCCAAUAAUCGAAUUUAAAAUUAUUAAACUAAUUAAGAAAUUUAAAGAAUAAAACCGAUGUAAUUUUAGAUCAUAUCACUAAAACAAAUUUACAUGUCAACCUGUACAUCUUAGACUAAAAAUAAUAAAUAAUUUCAGUUCUGUGUCUUCAUAUAAUCUAUAAUUAUAAUAUUUUUAAAUCGCCUUAUCAUGGGAUUGAAAUAUAAUAUGGCAUACUUAUUUUUCAUUUUAUAUUACUAGUGUAAGAAGUAUUGCAAAAUGGAUUUAAAUGGAAAGAGAAAAAUUUAGUAACCGAAAGAAUACAACAAUUGAUUUCAUACAAAAAUGUUAUCAUUUAUAAAAACGACACGUCCCAUAAUCAUUACAGGAAAAUCCCCAAUAAAAUAUCAAAUGAAUAUCACAUAAUACGUUAAAUAAACCUAACGAGAUCAAAAACAUAUCAAUAAUCGAAACACAGGUAUCUGAAUCACCCGAACUACAAAAUACCUCCCAUAUUCCGAGAGACUAGGAAUGUCGGAAAGACUAGCGUCAAAAAAAACCAUUGCAAUCAUCAUUACAAAACCUUACCCAGCACCGUCGGCUCGUCCUUCAAAAACGUACUAGACCUUUGCAUGACGGGCGCCGGAGGAUUACGAUCCGGCUUCUGCGCCGGCUUCGCCGUCUGCACGCCUCUCUUAACCCUCCUAGGAGAACUAACCGACUGCUUCAUCGGCGACGGACUCCUCACGUUCAACGACGACGCCUUCACCGGCGACGUCACCCGACUGUCCGCCUUCCUGGGCGACGACGACGCGCGACUGUCGCUCUUCAUCGGCGAGCUCGAUCGGCUGCCCUCCGGCCGCUUCGCCGGCGCUUCCUUCUUCCCCACGCUCGAAUUCCGCGACGCCGGCUUGGCCGGCGCGCCGCGCACCGUCGGCUUGAUGGUGGCGACGCGCGGCAGCGGCGUCGCCCUCGUCGAUUUGGCGGCGCUGGCGGCCGUCGGUUGCGUCAACGUGCUGCGCCUGUUCACGGCCGGACUCGACGCCGACAUCGGCUGCAAUUGCGGCGCCUUGGCGGCCAGCAGAAGGCUUCGGCGCAACGAAGGCGUCGCGUUCGAAGCGUGCUGGUUCAUCACGCCCGGACUGGAGUUGCGCGACGAUUCCGACGAACUCGCCGACGGUUUUUGGUUGAUCGCGGGCUUCUUGUUGCGGUAGUUCGUGGAGCGCGGAAGGCGACUGGCCGGCUCCAUGCUGGGGGUUAA